AUGGAGCUUUUGUCUAGGGCUGUUGAAAGUGUUUUAAGGGGAAACAAUGCUAUCUGUUUCAAUUCAUCAACCCCUUCCCAUUUGCAAUUUACAAUGACCGCCGUCGCCAUGGAAACACAAGAGGACAAAGGAUUGGAUCAACUGCAAAGAGAAAAUGAGUCGCCAAUCGAGUCAACCCAGAAUAUAAACUCGCUACCGAGCCUCGAUGAAGUGGAAGGGAUCCUGGGCUACAAGUUUAACAACAAACGGUUGUUGGAAGAGGCUUUCACACAUGCUUCGCUAGGGGAGUGCUUCUCCAAUGAGCGGUUAGAGUACGUGGGUGACUCCGUUCUUAACCUACUCUUCACCAAAGAGCAGUACUUUGAAUACCCUGAUUUGUGGCCAGGAGCUUUGACCAGGCUCCGAGCAGCUAAUGUCAACACCGAGAAACUAGCUCGUGUCGCCGUUAAACAUGGAUUGCAUCGCUAUCUGCGUCAUAAGAAACCUCUUCUUGAGGAGCAAAUUCGACAAUUUUCUAGAGAAAUAGAGCGCUAUCCUUUGCAUUCCAAUGGACUGAUUGACGUGCCAAAGGCGUUAGCCGAUCUUGUUGAAUCCACCAUCGGGGCCGUUUUCAUUGACAGCAAUUCCUCCAUUGAUAUUGUGUGGAAGGUGUUCAAGGUUUUGUUGGAGCCCAUAAUCAGGCGAGAGACACUGAAGACACACCCGGUGACCCAGCUGUACGAAGUGUGCCAGAAGAGAAAUUUGAAAGUGAAAUUCGUAGAUUUAUGGAAAGAAAGCACAUCUUUCGAUGUGCUCAUCGAUGACCAACUUGUGGGAAGAGGUGCAUGUAGGCUCAAGAAGGAAAUUGCACAUAACAGGGCUGCCAAGGAUGCAUUGGACAAUAUUUGGAGAAUCUUAGAUCAAAGGGAUAAUAGUAUUCCUGAAGAAACAAACUCUUUGACAUGAUGGAUUCAAAAUGUAAAAGCUGAAGUAAAUUUAACACAUAUUUUAAAUUAUUUAUGAAUUAAUAAGGCUUUGUUUGAUAAGCGUUUUUUAUUUUUACAAAAAAAAAAGAGAAAUUAUCUUGCAUACCUCCAUUCACAAAUAAUUUAGUCUCUGCUGGUUUCUGACUGUAGACAUGGCCAUUUGAGUAUGUUGAAUGAUGAAACCAUAAGUUUCAUAAAAG